AAACGAAAUAAAGUAAAGCAAGUCCUCCUUUGUGGCAGCGCUGGGCUGGGCAGAUCGAUAGCGAUGAGCGUUGUGGUGAGCAAGUCCUCGCCGGUGGUCGUGUACCCCGCCGAACCCCGGGCGCCGGCCGGCGACGUCCAGCUCUCCUCUUUCGACCAGCGCAUCCCCCCUUUCGCGGUCACAUCGAUCCUCAUGUUCGACCAUCCGAUCGACAAGCCCAUCGAGACCGUCAAGCUUGCGCUCUCGCGAGCGCUCGUCUACUACCGCCCUGUGUGCGGCCGCCUCGCCGGGGCCGACCACCGCAUCAAGUGCACCGACGAGGGCGUGCCGUUCGUGGGGGCGUCCGCCAGCUGCGCCCUAGACCUGGAGGGGAUCACCCCGGCGCUGCUCGCGGAUCUCGCCGUCGCCUACGCUGGUCCUUUCUGCCGACGCGCCGACGCGCUGCUGCAGAUGCAGGUCACGGAGUUCCCCUGCGGCGGCUUCGUCGUCGGGGUCACGUGGAACCAUGUCCUGGCCGACGGCACCGGGAUGGGGCAGUUCCUGCAGGCCGUCGGCGAGCUCGCCCGCAGGAUGCCGCGACCGUCCGUCAUCCCGGUCAGGUCGGCUGACGCGGUCCGGGAUAUUCCGCCGCCCACGGCCACGGCGGAGAGGCGCUCCUUGAUGAAGCCCAAGGAGAAGGAGGGCCAGGGCGCCUUCCUCGACAUCACCGUCCCGUCGACCCUCAUCGGCCGCGUCAAAGCCCAGUGCGCCUGCACGGUGUUCGAAGCCGUCGCGGCGGUGCUGUGGCGGUGCCGGACCCGCGCGGCCGUCGAGCACCCCGACGCCCCUACGCCGCUCAUCUUCCCCAACAACGUGCGCGAGCUCUCCGGCGCGCACGACGGCUACUACGGCAACUGCACCAUCAUGAAGUCGGUACAGGCGACGCGCGCCCAGGUGGCCGACGGUGACAUCAGGGACGUGGUGCGGCUCGUCAGGCGCGGCAAGGAGACUCUGCUCGAGGCCGAGGGCGGCCGCGCGGAGGCCGGCGGAGACUUGUACAACAGGCUGGCCGUGUCGAGCUGGCGGCGCAUCGGGUUGGACGCGACCGACUUCGGCGGCGGGACGCCGGCGCGGGUGAUGUGGCACGAGGAUCGGAUGGUGGUGCCCGAGUGCAUCGUGUGCCCGCCGUGGAAGGGCAAGGACGGGGUCAAUGUGCAGUCGCUCUGCGUCAGGCCGGAGCACGCCGCCGCCUUCCUGGCCGAGCUUGCGGCAAUGUGAUGUGAUUCCCUGCUCGUGUUCUUCACCCUGCCUCGCUCCCGACCCACAGCUGCCCAAACGUAGAAUCCAGCCAAAGUAUGUGAACGUCUGUUUGAGAUGAAAACUACUAGUAGUAGUACUACUACUAGUGUAGUAGUAUGAAUUUGAGAUGAAAACAGACCUCUCUUUGUAUUGUAUAUCCGAAUAAAAGAGCAUAGUUUAUGUA